ACAGCAGCCAUGUUUGAAGGUGCUAGUAUUCAUACUUUGAGAUUAGAAUGUAAUCAAAUUAGCAACAUACAUAAGAAUACAUUUAAAAAACUCAAUAACCUUACAUACCUAAUGUUACACGAUAAUAAUAUUCAUAAUUUAGGGAACAUAUUUUGUCAUAUAGAAACUAAAGAACUAUAUAAUUUAAGCUUAGUAAACAACAAAAUUGCAGCAUUGGAACCAGGUUGUUUUGAAGGUUCCAAGAUUAUCGGCAUUUACCUAGAGAAUAACCGACUUACAGAAAUUAAAAAAGGGGUCUUCAAUGGAUUAAAUUUUGGAGCAAUAGACUUGGCAAAUAAUCAAAUAACUAGCAUUGAGGAAGGAUCUUUCUCAAAUCUACCUUUAAAAUAUCUAUAUUUAACAGGAAAUAAACUGGAAAAGGUGUCAAAAACUCUUUUAUCUGGUUUGGACUACGUUAUGGAAGAUAUAUACUUAGGAGAGAAUCAAAUUACAGAAAUAAAACCGGGUAGCUUUUUAGGCCUUACUAUUCAGGGACUACAUCUUAACAACAACAAAUUGACGUGUAUUAAAAAAGGCUUGUUUACUGGGGAAGAUAUUGAAGAACUAGAUUUAUCCAAUAACGAAAUAUCUGAAAUUGAAGUUGGAGCAUUCAAUGAGCUUAAGGGUCUCGUUUCUAUUAAUUUAAGUAAUAAUAAACUUACGAAGAUUAAAAAAGGGAUGUUUAAUAUUUCAUUGGACAAAAUCAAUUUUGAAAAUAAUGAAAUUGAUUUUAUUGAAAACGAAGCAAUGGAAAAUAUUAGAUUUGAAUCCCUUCAAUUACAAAAUAAUCCAGUUUUAAACAAAUAAAUAAGCCUUAUUUAAA